AUGAAGGACUAUUCGAAUGCUGUUUUAUUCUACAAGAAGGCAGCAACAAUACGAGAAGGCAGCGCAUCGCGAGAUGAGGCCGAACUGGCAACCAACUAUAAUAAUACAGCAGUUGCUUAUAGUUGGAUGAACGAUGCGUCAAAUGCUCUUCAAUAUUACGAGAAAGCAUUAAAUAUUCGAGAAAAGCUCCUUCCUGUAAACGAUUUAGUAUUAGCUACAAACUGUACUAGCAUUGCAGCACAAUAUAAUUUAUUAAAACAAUACACAAAAGCGAUUCAAUUCUAUAAGAAAUCUAUUGCUAUUAGUGAAAGUUCUUCUGCGACUGCUAAUCUCGACUUGGCCACUAAUUAUAACAAUAUCGGCAACGUUUACACGUCUAUAGACGAUAAAUCUAAUGCUUUACAUUAUCACCAGAAAGCACUGGCUAUUCGUAAACAGAGUCUGCCGUCCGAUGAUUUGACGCUAGCAUCAACUUACAACAAUAUCGCUUCGGUAUAUUUUGACAUGGAGGAUUAUACCAGUGCAAUAUCUUUUUAUGCAGAGGCAGCUACGAUUCGUGAAAGAUCACCUUCAAGAGAUGAACUUAAUCUAGCGACUAACUACAACAAUCUUGCUGUUGCAUACAAUGCUAUCGAAGAUCGACAACAGGCUCUCAAAUACUACAAAAAAGCAGUUGCCAUUCGAGAGAAGAAGCUCUCUUCGAACGAUCCAUUGUUAGUCCCACUCUAUAGCGGCAUUGCUUCAAUCUACUCAUCAAUGGAAGAUAAAACAUCAGCUAUUGAAUGGUAUGAAAAAUCACUCAGAAUUCAAGAAACGUUGCCCUCGCCCAACCAUCAGUCAAUGGCUAUCAUGUACUACAACACAGCCAGAGCGUAUGAAGAUCUUAAAAAUCUUUCUGCAGCUAUUAGCAAUGCUGAACGGUCCCUUGUUAUUGCUCGUUUAGCUUUUAGUUCGGACUUAUCGAAAAUAAAACUCUACGAAGAUUUAGUGGAACGACUGCGCAAGGAACAAUAA